GGUAGCAACAGUUGCCCUGGUGAGGACGAAGCGCCAUAGCCACGGUAGCCCUGGCGACAAGAACCCAGCAACGAGAAUCAACAACAACUGAAUCCACUAUAAAAAUAUAAGAAGAUAUUUUAUUUUGGGACAAGCGCGCGUGGAGGUCAAGUUAUAGGGUGUAAUGGCCACCUCAGCCUAUGUAGGGGAGAUGCAACCAGCAGCCCAGCCUCAGGGGGCUGCUGUGACCGUCACACCGGGUCAACCUGACACUGCCUCCACCCCUGCAACUACACCUCAGUUUCUGGCAGAGAUUCAAACUGCUGUGGCUACCCCCACUGUUGUCACACCUACAGGCCAAACUACUCCCACUGAGCAGGUUUCCGUGGUUGCCUCUCAGAAGCCUGCAGUCGGGAGUCAAACCCAGACCGCAUCACAGGUGCAGCCGGCUCAAACGCAGUACGUGACAGCAGAGAUCCAGGGUUCCCCCACGCAGUCUGGCAAUGCUCAAAACACUCCUCAGUACAUUGUUGUCACAGUCACAGAGGGUUCUCUUCACUCAAGUGACAGUGUGUCAGAUUCUAGCCCUCCUCCAGCUGUUGUGCAGACAGGAGUUCCCACACAGGUUGUUCAGCAGGUACAGGCAGCCCAGCAGAGGUCGGUGGUGCAGGCCACUUCUCAGAUAGCCAAAACUGAGCCAGGCACACAACUCAGUGUCACCAAUCUACAGCCUGUUCAUAUCACACAGGAACUUCCCGUUUCAAUGGAGGCCGUCGAGUUAGGCAGAGAUAGGACAGUAGACGAGUUGCCGCUUCAUCAUCUGACAGCAGAUCCUGAAUCUUUGGCCUGGGUGCCAAAAGUCCACAAUGACAACAGUGGGCUCUGGACUGUUUUUUAUCAAGUCCAGCAGCAGCUUGCUUCAGUGCCGGUGCAGCAUGUGUACGCCAACCAAGUGCAGUAUGUGGAAGGAGGAGACACCAACUACACCACCAGCACCAUCCGCUCCAGCAACUUCCCUUACACUGAAACGCCGCUGUACACCCAGAGCACAGCUGCCCAGUAUUACGAAGGUCAGCCGACUUCAGGCGCACAGGCCUCCUCCCCCGGCACGAGUUUGACAGUCGCCGUGACUGCCGGCGCCACGGGGGGCGUGUCCAUGUUUGUGGCCCAGCCCACUAGUGCAGCAGGGGCCGGCGCCACUGUAGUGACCGCCGGGGGCACUGCCAACGGGUCAGAGGAAGGGGCGGGCACCAAUGGUAGCGCAGCAGGCAGUUACGUGAUCCAGGGUGGUUACAUGCUGGGCAGUGGCAGCAACAGCAGCAGCAGCAGCAGCAACGGAGGGGCCGCCGGGAACAGUCAGAACUACUCACACAGCGCCCGCGCCUCCCCAGCCACUGUGAGUAUUACAGAGGGCGAGGAGAGUAGCGUGCCGUCGGCAGACAAGAAGGUACAGUGGUUGCUGGACAACUAUGAGACGGCUGAAGGAGUAAGUCUGCCACGUUCCACGCUGUACUGCCACUACCUGCUGCACUGCCAGGAACAGAAGCUUGAACCAGUCAAUGCUGCUUCCUUUGGGAAACUCAUCCGAUCCGUGUUCAUGGGGCUACGCACGCGACGCCUGGGCACUCGGGGCAAUUCUAAAUACCACUAUUACGGACUGAGAAUCAAGGCCGGCUCAUCUCUUCUCCGACUGAUGGAAGACCAACAACAUUUGGCCAUGAGGCAACAGCCGUUCUCUCAGAAACAAAGGUUGAAGCCUGUGCAUAAAGUUGAAGGUAUGACCAAUGGGACCGCAGCAGGAGCAGGCCAGCAGCAACAGCAGCAACAGGGAGCAGGACAUGUGGACAUCAGUACCCAGGUUCAGCAGUACCAGCAGUUCCUGGAUGCUUCUCGAUCUCUCCCGGAGUUUCCAGACAUCGACCUCCACGGGAAGUCUUUCCCAGAGGGAAUUGAACUCGACCACAUAAAGAGCUUUCAGCUGCUUUACAGAGAACACUGUGAGGCCAUACUGGACGUGAUGGUCAAUCUGCAGUUUACACUGGUAGAGACUCUAUGGAAAACCUUCUGGAGGUUCAGCCAAAGCCAAGCUGGAGAUACUCCAAUGGCUGUGCACGAUGAGUCAGAGAAGCGCCUCCCAAAAUCCUGCCUGGUGUUGCUGUGCAAGUACGAGCCGGUGCUGCGCUGGAGCCGCGACUGUGACAACAGCCUGUACCAGAGCCUGGUGGAGAUCCUCAUCCCCGACGUCCUCAGACCCAUCCCCAGUGCCUUAACACAAGCCAUUCGUAACUUUGCCAAGAGCCUUGAGAGCUGGCUGACCAACGCCAUGAUGAACAUCCCUGAGGAAAUGGUCCGCAUCAAGGUGACAUCAGCCAAUGCUUUUGCCCAGACGCUGCGCCGCUACACCAGUCUGAACCAUCUUGCUCAGGCAGCCCGCGCUGUCCUCCAGAACACAGCUCAGAUCAACCAGAUGCUCUCCGAUCUCAACCGAGUCGACUUUGCGAACGUUCAGGAGCAAGCUUCAUGGGUGUGCAGAUGCGAAGACCGUGUGGUGCAGCGGCUGGAGCAGGACUUCAAGCUGACCCUGCAGCAGCAGAACUCCUUGGAGCAGUGGGCCGUGUGGCUUGAUGGUGUGGUCUCCCAGGUCCUGAAGCCAUACCAGCACAGCCCUGCCUUUCCAAAGGCUGCCAAGCUCUUCUUGCUCAAGUGGUCGUUUUACAGUUCCAUGGUGAUCAGGGACCUCACCCUACGAAGUGCAGCCAGUUUUGGUUCCUUUCACUUGAUCCGCCUGCUAUAUGACGAGUACAUGUACUACCUUAUCGAGCACAGAGUGGCCCAGGCUAAGGGAGAAACCCCCAUCGCCGUGAUGGGAGAGUUUGCCAGUUUAGGUCGCGGUCUGAACCAGCUGGAUCCUGACAAAGAAGAGGAAGAGGAAGAAGAUGAUGAGAGUGAGGAAGAGGGCCAGGAGCUGACCCUCCCCUCCGAUGCGGCGGUGCUUGGAGAGGAGUCUCUGGAGCCUCCAGCCAAGCUAGCCAGAACGGACCAGCGCGUCCUCUUCACCACGGGCUCGGCUGACAACUAACCAGCUCCUGUCCUUCACACGCACAGAUGUACAAAACAAAUAACACUAAUUUAUACGUUUGAUAGCUGUAAAUAGGUCCUGUCGAUGUGUGUGAACACUGUCGCUGCAAACUGUUUUAAUUGGGUGCAAUGCAAUCCAAACUCUCUUUUACUGCUGCUGCCCGGAUGGCAAAACCACCUGUUGAGUUACACCACCGUCUCUGAUGUUGCAAUAGGAUGUGUGGCUCUAGAAACCAGAAUCUUACUGCACACAGAAACGCAGUGAACUUUUAUUUGUAUUAUUCUGUAAAGGAAAAAAAAAAAAACCAGGCAUGUUUAAUUUUAACCAUUACAACCUGUUGCCUAGCUGAAAACACCCCUGCUGCUCCCCUCCGACCUGAAACCGUCACUGCCAUACGUAGGCGAUCUUGAAAUGCUGCAAUGUCUGUGUGUAGAGGAGGGUGCCAAGCAGAGUUCAAACAUGGGCGCUAAGUCUAGUUGUUACUAAUCUGUGAAGCGCUACAUGAUACAAAACCGAGGUAAGAACUAUUAAAAAAAGAAAAACAACAGCAGGGGAGGGGUGAUAUAUAUGGGGCGGCUUUGUUUAGUGUGCUUGUGUUUCCUGUUGGCACCACUAAGCUGUUGUUUCUGAAAGCAGACUGAACAUGUUUUGCCACGGUUGUGUUUGACUGUGAGUAAUGGAAAGUGUUACUGUAGAUAUUUUCUUACACAUUUGGGAAGCUUUGAGUUGACUUGAUUGCCCUGUAAAGAAAACAAAACAUAACUGUGCGGUUUUUUUUUUUUUUUUUUGGGGGGGGGGUGCCUCCUGCAGCUGCUACACACUUGUAAAGACAAAAGCAGUUUUAUAGGGACUCAUAUUAUGGUUUCACAGCAGAUGUACUGUAUGCGUGACGUUUAUGUUCAAAGUGCUUUAAUCCUGCCUAAUAAGUUCCUCUGUGGCCUCAUUUCCUUUGAGAUGUUAUUUUCUUGCCUUGUUUGCAUUUUUUCUCCCUCAUUUUUGUGCCAAACCUGUUUUUCUUUGUGGCUUUUUUUCCCCUCUUUCUUGUUGUUUUAUUUGUUUGUUUGUUUGAUUUUGGAGGACUGUGCCUGAGUAAGAACAGUGAAAUAACCUGCUGUAUAUUUAUCCACUAUUUUUGGGAUUUUGUUGUCACUAAGUGAACCUCUCGUGCUGUGUGUGGUGCUGUGUUGUCUCACAUUGUAAGCAGCAUUAUUUUUGUGUGCUUUAUUGAUUUGUGAUUGUACGUUGAGUUAUCAACCCUUGAUCAUAUCUGAUGACUUUACCACAGACAGGCUCUCUUUGCACACGUUGACUAUCGUCUUUAAAAAAAAACAAACAAAAAAAACUAUCCAAACCUUUGUUUUCACUUUUUUCUUUGAAGUCUUCUGUGUACUUUUAGCGGUGAGAUGGAGGCGUCAGAUUACAUGUAAAUAUUUCAGAUUGCUCAGUUCAGAGAAUCUGGUUGGAGGUGAGAAAUCUGAAAGCUUUUUUUUUUGUUUCCCUCCACCACCGUUUCUCAUCUCGCUGCAUUUUAGCCCUCCUGCCAAUGGCUUCGUUUUGCUUCAACCCUCCAUAUUCUUAAACACUGUUCAUCGAGAUUGGUUGGUGUAAACAUUUCGUGUGUUUUUUCGGCAUAUUUCAACGCUAUGUCUUUAAAAGGCUGCAGUUCGAUGAGACUGACAGCUUUCAAACCAGCACAUUAGCUUGUUAAGUGGAGUCUACUACAGCUGAGUACAUAUCACUCCCGUCUUUCUAUGAUCUACACCAUUCAGAGUGGUUUAACCAGUAAAACUGUUUAGUCAUUUUUAUAGUGCGUCGUUUCUUAUGUACAAAACAAACUGAAGGACAAAAAAAAAAAAAAAGAUUAAAAAAAGAUGUUCAGUGGCAGUGUUUUAUGAAUUUGGUCUGCUAUAAGUAUGACUGUGCCUUUGGAGGUGGUAGACUGCAAAUCAGAUGUUUUUAAUUUUAAAGAUAUAAAUUAAAGGAGUUUUUAAAAUUACA